CCGCUCCCUUCCUUUCCCAUUCGUCUCGUCUCGUCUCGCUCUCGCCUGCCGCCUCCCCUUCGCGUCGCCUCGCCUCGCUCCGGCCGCAGCAGCCGCCUCCGCCCUGCCCUCCCCUCCCUCCGGAAAAUUCCCCAAUCCAUCCCCAAACCCUAAAUAAAUCCUCGAUCGGCGCGCGCGGGAAUCCAGCCACCGUCGGAUGGGACCGCGGCCGGCGGCUCCGUAGUGGAUUGGAGGCGCUCGGUUCGCUGCCUGUUUCAUGCUGCUGCUACGGCGGCGGCGCCCGUUCUAGAGGAUUCAAGGAAACCAAGAAAGGAAGGAAGGAAGAAGGAGAUUGGAACAAAAGGCAGGCGCUACAUCGAUGGCUCCAUCUCAAGCGGCGGCGGCUGGCCCCACCUUUGAGGACCUGGAGCGCGACCUGCAGGCAGUUCUCAUGGACCAAAACCACACGGCCCCUGCAGACGAGCUCAGCAUGUUCCGCAGCGGCAGUGCUCCCCCCACCGUCGAGGGCUCACGCACGGCCAUUGGCGCGCUCUUCUCUGGUCCGCCGCUUCCUGCCAACAACCUUGGUGGCAGUGGCGGCGGCGGGACUGGUGCUGGCAUUGACAUGCUCACUGAGGAGGAGAUACGGUCGCACCCAGCGUAUCUGUCGUACUACUAUUCUAACGAGCACCUCAACCCAAGGCUUCCGCCACCAAUGGUCUCCAAAGAGGACUGGCGUGCGGCGCAGCGGUUCCAGGCAGUGUCUGGAGGUAUUGGGGAUAGGCGGAGGAGGCCUUCAGAGGUCGGGAGUGGAAACUCGCUGUUCUCGGUGCAGCCAGGGGCGCGCGAAGUUGGUGGAGAGAAGGCGCUGCUGAGUGAUAGAAUGGGGAGGGGUGAAAGGAAUGGGCUCGCACGGCAGCAGUCAUCUGAGUGGCUUGGGAGAGGUGCCGAUGGGCUCAUUGGCUUGUCAGAUAUCAGUGGCCUUGGGUCUCGGCGCAAGAGCUUUGCUGAUGCAUUGCAGGAAAAUAUUAGCCGUCCUGCUGCUACUGCCGGUCAUCUUUCACGAUCUAAUAGCCGCAAUGCUCUUGAGGGCCCAACUCCAAUCAGGUCAUCUGAUUCACCCAAGCCACAACUGCAGAAUAGAUCAGAAUCCAUGAAUGGCCUGCGAUCUGGAUCCACUUCACCCAGUCUGGUCAGGGUCCAAAGUCUUGGUUCUUCAAUGUCUCAUACCUUUGCUUCUGCAGUAGGUUCAUCUAUCUCAAGAAGCACCACCCCUGACCCCCAGCUCAUACGGAGAACUCCAAGUCCCUGCCUUCCUCCUGUUGGAGUUCGGAUGGGGAGUUCUGAUAAAAAAGUUGAAGCUGCAGCUGUUGCUUCACUUAAUCAUGAUGGUGCUGACAUUGCGGCAACUCUGUCUAGCUUAAGCCUAUCUGGAAAUAAGAUGUCGAAUGUGGAAAAUGAAGUUCAGAAUCAUGUUUACCAGAACUUUGGUGACCAGGCAGAUGUGCUGUUUAAUGUACCAAAGGAUCAUAGGCAAUUUUCACAACAAAAUUUAACUCAAAAUACCAAUGAAGACUCGCUUAAUGCCCCUGAAUAUGCAGUUUUCCCAAAUGGGGGGAGUAACUUCAGUAAUUUGCAUGCUAGUAAGCUGGCAUCUCAUAGAAAUAGCAAGUUCCCUAUGCAGUCACCACAUGGUAAUGCGAACAAGAAAGGAUCUUUGAUGAGCUCAGCUGGUUCAGUUUCUCACUACCAGAACUUGAAUGGUGAUAGCCAUGGCAUUGAUGUAUCUGGACGGCAUAUGAAGACUCAUGCAGGCGGUUUUACUUCAUCCAUGCUGAAUCCUGAUGGUGACUAUGGCAAUGUUCUUUCGAACCAUGGGGGAUCGAGUUAUCAGGGCCAACCAACAGAGACAAUGUACGCACAAUACUUGCAGGCAAACCCUGAUUCCCCCCUUGGUUCAGCUGCAAGCAUGAGUCCUUUCCAAGGGAGGGGUUUUACUGGUUCAGGACACUUGGAUAGUCCUGGAUAUCAAAAAGCUUACCUUGGGUCAUUAUUUGCCCAGCAAAAGCUACAGUAUGGGAUACCAUACCUGGGCAAGUCUGGUGCUCUUAAUCAAAAUAUAUAUGGCAACGAUCCUGCAUUUGGCAUUGGAAUGACUUAUCUAACAAGCCCACCAUCUAGUCCGUAUAUCUCAUCUCCUCAAGGCCAUGUCAGGCAAGGAGAUCGACUGACUCGACUUCCAGCCGUGGUGAGGAACACUGCUGGAGGAUCCAUGGGAUCAUGGAGUUCAGAGAAUGGUCUGAUGGAUAAUGGGGGGUCCUCCCUGCUGGAGGAAUUCAAAACUAACAAAACCAGAUCUUUUGAGCUGUUAGAUAUUGUAGGCCAUGUGGUAGAGUUCAGUUCGGAUCAGUAUGGGAGUCGCUUUAUACAGCAGAAACUAGAAACUGCUUCUAUUGAAGAGAAGAAUAUGAUUUUUCCUGAGAUCCUUCCCCAGGCACGUACCUUGAUGACUGAUGUUUUCGGAAACUAUGUUAUACAGAAGUUCUUUGAAUAUGGAACUGAAACACAAACGAAGCAACUGGCAACCCUGCUCAAGGGUUAUGUGUUACAGCUGAGUCUUCAAAUGUAUGGCUGCAGGGUGAUUCAGAAGGCUUUGGAAGUUGUUGAAGUGGAACAACAAACACAAAUGGCUUUGGAGCUUGAUGGAUCUAUCAUGAGAUGUGUUCGUGAUCAGAAUGGCAACCAUGUCAUCCAAAAAUGUAUUGAAUGCAUCCCUCAGGAGAGGAUACGAUUUAUCAUUUCUGCCUUUUACGGACAUGUGGUGGAGCUUUCCAUGCAUCCCUAUGGUUGCCGUGUUAUUCAGAGGGUAUUGGAACAUUGUGAUGAUGAAAGCACACAAAAUGCCAUGAUGGAAGAGAUCAUGCAGUCUGUGGUUACUUUAACAGAGGACCAGUAUGGUAAUUAUGUAAUCCAGCAUGUCCUGCAGCAUGGGAAACCAGAAGAGCGUUCUACUAUAAUCACACAACUAGCUGGACAGAUAGUGAAGAUGAGCCAACAGAAAUUUGCUUCUAAUGUUGUUGAGAAGUGUCUUACUUUUGGUAAUCCUGAGCAACGCCAGAUUCUGAUCAAUGAAAUGCUUGGCACAACUGAUGAGAAUGAGCCGUUGCAGGCAAUGAUGAAAGACCAGUUUGCAAACUAUGUGGUGCAGAAGGUUCUAGAGAUAUGUGAUGACCAGAACCGUGAAUUGAUUCUUUCCCGUAUCAAGGUCCACUUGAAUGCACUGAAAAGAUACACCUACGGGAAGCAUAUUGUGGCACGUGUUGAGAAGCUUAUUGCCGCAGGAGAACGGCGCAUUGGCGCCCCAUCCUCCUGCUGAGAAAUUGGUUAGGUUACAGAAUAACACCUGUACAGACAGACAGAAGAUAGCGAGGCCUUAGCUUUUUACUAUUACCAGUAGUCGGUAAUAUUGAGCGAGUACAACUGCAGAAGUUAAAAAAGGCUCCCGAAUCCUUUGAUGUAAAUAAAGGAGAGCCUCUGGAAAUAAAUAAAAAGAAUGAAAAAAGAUGAAGAGAUUUUUACUUGUCCUUGAGGAAAGAGUUGUAUAUUUGUAUGGUUUAUUUUCCCCUCUUGAAGCAGCAGGAUAAAGAAGUGCAGAAUAUUGUGGAAGAAGCAAAGCAAUUAGCAGAAGGAUAAAUGUUUUAGGAUCAAUAGAUGAUGGGAAGCAAGGACAGCUGUAGAUUAUCCUUUUUCCUUGGGUUUCAUCAGUCACUGUAUAAGUAAGGUUCAUGGUGAUGUUAAUCUCUGUAAAGCCUGCCUUCAGUUUACUGACAUUUUUCUGAAAUCAAAUCAAACGCAUGUUUUCUGGUACU